GUGUGUUUUGUAAAGCGUAUUUAUUUUUCCCCCCAAAUGCCACAUUUAGCUUGAGCAGACAGACUUGGUUCUGGUCAGAAGAUAACUGGAGAUGACACAGUCCUCCUGGUGAUCCCUGUGCUGUUUUGGAGUGGCUCUGUCACGCAGGCGGUAAUUACAGAGGCCUCUUGGAAGGUUCUGCUCAGAAACACAUUCGUGCUGUGAGGCCAAGGGCUGGUGCUCAGCAAAUGGUGUGGAAUAGUUUAGAAGCUGCUGGGAAAGUGUCAAUUUGUGCAGAUACGAGUGAGUGAUUUUUAAAAUCUCUUUCUCGAGAAGACCCAUUGGUGAGGUUAUUUGCAGUCUCCUACGUGUGUCCUCCGGGGUGUGUGGAUGUGGUUUUCCGGGCUCUGCACCAUGUUUUUGUCCUGCCCACAGAACAGCACAUUGCUUGUCAUGUUGACCUCUGAAUAUGGCACUUGGGAGAUCUCCAUUUAAAUUUAAGGCUUGUGAGAGUCUCAGUCUUCCCUGCUGUUAAUCGACGUGCUGUCUGUUUAAUGUUUUGACAGCCUCUGUGACUCCUCUCGUUUCGCAUGUUGGGAGACAGGCUGGCAGCAGCAGUAAGCUGAAACCAGGUUCUAUUCAGAAUGGGUUUCAUCACUGGAAAAGAGGUGUUGUGUGGAUGUGUGGUUUUUUUUUUUUUUUAAGCAGAAGCAUGUGUGUUUUCUAAUUUAAAAUCGGUUACAUUUCUGUCAAAAUAAGAUCAUGCAUUCCAUCUGCUCGCAGUUGUAACUGUCUGCAGUCUGAUCAUGAGUCUGGUUUCGGCUUUGUGGUGUGGUGGAAUGGGAAAAAAUUACUCCUGCGAGUAUUUCAGUCCUUCUGUGUUAUUAGUGGUGACACGUAUGACCUUCAUUAAUGUCAGCGGACAGUUAAUUUGACCAAUGUGUUUGUUAUUUUAAAGUGAGUGUUUGCAUGUCUGCAGAACAUAACACCGUAGUACAGUUUCAUGCAUGCUCGUCUCGUUAGUUAAGGUUGAAUCUAAAAUGCAUUACUCAGGGCACGGGCAUGCAGAGAAUGUAUUAAUAGCUAUUGCUUUCUAUUGCUCAGCUAUCAAGUACUGGAUUAUCAGAAAAUAGAUCUGGGCUGAUGAGACUGUCUACGUAUUGUUUACGAGAUAUUUCGGCUCUGGGCAAUAUUUACUAGUGAGUCGGAGUCGCUCUGGCGUCUGUCCCCGCACACCCACUGCUCGGGAGGGUUUUCUUGGGCCGCUGGGCUGGACAGGCAGAGCAGCCGGACCAGCAAAGGCUGGGGUUAGCCCAUCGUUUUUUUUAAGAGCUAUGAAGUCUGAAGAUGAUCCUGAAGAUGGAGAAAAUCUCCUUGGGGACCCAAGCUAAGUGAAGGAUGGAGCAGGACGAACUGAGGGCGGUGCAGAGAAUCCCUUUCUCCAAGCGCCCUGUGUGAGCUGCGCUCAGUGCUGGGAGCUGCGGCGGUUUGGAACUUGAUGCGAGAUAAAGCGAUUGCUUCUGGCAGCACCACGGGGCAGGUUCCACGAUGACCUGUUGGUUUUCUUGUGCAGCCAAAGACACACUGAACACAGACUGGAACAAAUAUGAUGACAGGUUAAUGAAAGCAGCUGAAAGGGGCGAUGUGGAAAAGGUUCAAUCCAUCCUUGCCAAAAAAGGAGUCAGUCCUAGUAAACUGGAUGUGGAAGGGAGAUCUGCGUUCCAUGUUGUAGCAUCCAAGGGCAACCUGGACUGCUUGAACACCAUCCUUGUUCAUGGAGUUGACAUCACGGCCACCGACGCUGCAGGUAGAAACGCGUUGCACCUAGCUGCAAAAUAUGGACAUGCUUUGUGUUUGCAGAAGCUGUUGCAGUACAAUUGUCCAACGGAGAAUGUGGAUCUUCAAGGGAGAACUGCUCUUCACGAUGCAGCUAUGUCCGACUGUUCCUCUAGCAUACAACUCCUGUGUGAUCAUGGGGCCUCGGUGAAUUCCAAGGAUGGAGACGGGAGGACACCGCUAGUGCUGGCCACGCAGAUGUGUCGUCCCAUGGUUUGCCAGCUCCUCAUAGACAGAGGAGCGGACGUUAAUGCCAGGGACAAACAAAACAGGACUGCCCUCAUGCUAGGCUGUGAAUAUGGCUGCAAGGAUGCAGUGGAAGUUUUGCUCAGAAACGGUGCCGACGUUAGUUUGACUGACGCCCUGGGUCAUGACUGUGCUUACUAUGCCAGAAUUGGUGACAAUAUUGACAUUUUGGCUUUAAUAAAAGCUGCUGUUGAGGAUUCCAGCAAAGCAAGAGAUGCUGUGAAGAAAGGGCAGCCAGAACAGAAGAUUACUAAUAUGUCACAGAAGUGGAGUCGGCUGCAUGCGCAGGAGGAGGUGAAUGUCAAGCUGUAUCAGAAGGAUCAUAAUGCUCAGGAACUGGAGUUGGAAAAUCAAGAUUUGAAAGAUCGAAUGAGAGAAGUGCAGGAGGAGCAGAGGAUGCUGCUGGAUAGGAUCAGUGGGCUACAGCUGCAGCUGAGCGAGGAGCAAAUGUUUGCAGAUGAUCUUGAAAACGAGAAAGAUGAGUUGAAGAAAAUCCUGACUACCAAGGAGAAACAGCAGGAAGAAAACUUAAGAACUAUUGAAGCUCUCAAAGCUAAACUCAAAUAUUAUGAAGUUGACCUUGUGGGACCUGGAAGUAACUUCGGUAAUAGAAAAGAAGAUUUAUUACUUACGCAAGGCCAAGUGUUUGCUGUGGAAUCCCAGUCCAGGUCCAUGCUGAGACCCCUGGAGCUCUCCCUGCCCAACCAGUCAGGCAGUUCAGAGAAGGAAACUUUAAAGAAAGAACUUGACAACGUGAGGAUUUGCUAUGGUGCAGCGAAAGAAGAAAUCAGCAAAUUGCAGAGAGAACUGUCUCACAAGGUGGCUGAGUGUAAAGCGUUGGCGUCGGAGUGUGAAAGAACCAAGGCGGAAUCUGAUGGACAGAUAAAACAACUGGAAGAUGCUUUAAAAGAUGUACAGAAACGAAUGUUUGAGUCUGAAGGCAAAGUUAAGCAAAUGCAGACCCACUUUCUGGCUCUGAAAGAUCACCUGACUACCGAGGCUGCUUCAGGAAGCAGUAAACUAGCAGAGGAGCUGAAGGAGCAGUUGAAAGAAAUGAAAACCAAGUACGAAGGAGCCUCUGCUGAAGUGGGAAAACUGCGGAACCAGAUUAAGCAGAAUGAAUUGCUGGUGGCGGAAUUUAAGAGAGAUGAAGGAAGGCUAGUGGAGGAAAAUAAAAGGUUGCAGAAGGAACUUGUUAAGUUGGAGAUGGAGCGAGAUAAAAAGGGAAGAAAUGUCAUGGAGUUAGAAGGGCAGCUCAAAGAAACAGCAGCAAAGCUGGCCCAGUCUGUAACUUCAGAGAAAUUUGAAAACAUGAAGAGUUUGUUAUCAAAUGAAGUGAACGAGAAAGCAAGGAAGUUAGUGGAGAUGGAAGGAGAGCAUGAAAAACUGCAGGCAGAGAUUGGGCUUUUGAAGAGGGAGUCUGAGAGUCAGAAAGCAAAACUUGCUCAGCGUGUGAAGCCAGAAGACCACGAACAAAUGAGGAGUGGGUUUGAGCAAAAACAUGAGCAACUUGGGAAGACAAUUUCCGAGUUAUCACAGAAGAAUCAGACUCUGCAGAAGGAACUUGAAAGACUUCAGAUGGAUAACAAGACGCUCAAGCAGCAAAUCCAAAUGCUAAAAAGCGAAAUUAAAAGCCAGAACGUGCCUUUGAAAAUUCAUGAAGAAUUGAAGAAAACAAAUGAUCUGACUGUUGGUGACCUGACCAAAAAGCUUUUUGAAAUAACAAAAAAGUACAAUGAAAGCAAGGCAGAAGCUGAAAAGUUGCUGGCAGAGAAGAACAGUUUAAGUGAGAACAUCAGCCACUUCCAAGCUGUGUACCUGUCUCCAGAGCAGCACGAGAAAGAAGUGGAAGCUUUAAAAUCUAAUGGCGUUGAACUUGAGAAGCAGCUUGCUGAGCUUCAGAAAAAAUAUGAUGAUGGGCAAGCAAAAGUGAGCAAACUGAUGUCUGAAAACACAGCCAUCAGAGAGAGUCUCAGGGAUCAGUACGUGUUGGCUACAACACACGAGGAGGUUAAAACUGUCUUGAAUAACACGCUAGAAGAGACAACCAGGGAGCUGUCAGAUCUGAAGGGAAAAACUGAGGAGAUAAAGCAAGCAUUCAUGAGGGUAAAUGAAGAAAAUGGAACUUUGAAAAAGAAGGUGGAACUGUUAGAGAAUCAAUUACAAACGGAGUAUAUAAGUUUAAAAGAUCACGAAACUACAGUGACUACUUUAAAUAAAAGCAUGCGGGAACUUCAGGAGAACAAUGUUGCCAUUACGGCUGAAUAUAAAAGGGGUCAAGAAGAAAUUUUACAGUUGCAUGUAGAGAUUGAAGCCCAGAAGAAGGAACUUGACACAAUUCAAGAAUGCAUUAAGUCAAAAUAUGCCCCGGUUGCCUCCUUUGAAGACAGGGAACAAAGCUUGGAAGCCACAGUGAAAGAAUUAAGAGCACAGUUGCAGGAACAAGUGCAGAAGUGCAGGGAAAGUGAGGAGGAAAGCAAGAAGUGCAAAGAGGAGAAUGAAAAGCUCAGAAAUGGCAUUUUGUCCAUCCAAAACGACUUGCAGCAGAACUACAUCCUCGCUGAAAAGUCCCGCGAAAUGGAAAAAAUGUUGGCAAGUAGAAUGGAGGAGUUGAAUAAGCAAUUGAGAGAAUUGCUGCAGAAAUACACAGGCCAAAAAGGAGAGAAAGAUGAGAGCACCAAGCAGCCCCUGAUUCUGCAGCCUCAGCCUCUUUCAGCAGGACAGAUUGAAGCCUUGAAGCAGGCGCUUGGUCACACUGUUGAGGAUCUAAAGGAAGCCCUCAGAAGUAAGAAGGAAUGUUUUGACAAAGAAACACUAAAAGUAGGAGAACUACAGCAGGAACUGUCAGAUCUAAAGAAAUCUUCAAUACCUUUGGUAGAAUAUACACAAAUGAAAGAAAUGCUAGAACAAGAAAUUGUAGCAACCAAAAACAGCUUGAAAGAAAAGGAAGAAGAAAACAGAGUUAAAAAUGAGAAAAUCUUGGAGUUGCAGUCCAAGGUUGAGUUUACUCAACAAGCUUUAAGAGACCUGGAGAGCAAAGAUGUGAUUGACAUGUCAGAAUACAAAUCCAUGAAAAGUGCUCUGGAGGCCCAAAUUAGCAGCAUAGCUGAAAAUUUUUCCAAUAUGAAUAAAAGGUAUGAGGAAGCAUGUGAGGAGGCUUUGCAAGCUAAAAAGAGCGAGCUGUCUUUAAAGGAUGAAAAGGAAUUGCUUCAGUUACGGAGCUGCAGUAUUGAGCAAGAAAUUAAAGACCAGAAAGAAAGAUGUGAUAAAUCAUUGACAACAAUUAUUGAUUUGCAGAAGAGAAUACAGGAAUCUGCAAAGCAGGUGGAAGCCAAGGAUAACAAGAUAACGGAGCUGCUUAAUGAUGUAGAGCGGUUAAAACAAGCCCUGAAUGGCUUGUCUCAGCUGAUGUACACCACUGGGGUUCCCUCCAAGAGGCAGAGCCAGCAGGUUGAGAUGCUCCAGAGCCAAGUGAGGACACUGCAGCAGCAGCUGGCGGAUGCUAAAAGGCAGCACCAGGAGGUAGUUUCAGUUUAUCGGACACAUCUCCUUAGUGCUGUACAGGGUCACAUGGAUGAAGAUGUCCAAGCUGCUUUACUGCAGAUCAUUCGGAUGAGACAGGGACUCGUUUGCUGAUGUGCUCAGUGCCAUUGCUCCUGCCGGCUGCUGCGGCUCGUGGGAGUGCUGUCAUUAUGGUAGUGAGAACCUGCAGGACAUCUAGAUAAUUGAGAUGAUAUAGCUGCAGUUAGAACCUCCAAAUAUGAAACAAAAAGCUGAAAUAUAUUCUUCUUGUAGAACACUAAAUUAGGGCUGUUAAGUUUCAGAUCUGACACUUCUUUCAAUAGAUUAAUAAAAGAUGUAGAACGUCUUUUAAAAUUGGUAUACAAGCUGCCUGUCAAAAUGAUGACAUAGUAGUUAAAUUAUUUUCAUGUCUGAUUGACCACUUCUUAAAACAAGGCCUAUACCCAGAAACUCCUGUUUAUCCUCGAACUUGAACUCUCACGGUAUGGUUAAAAAUACACUAUGUUGAAAUGAGCUUGGCUGAGUAUUGUAGCUGUAUAUCUCCUUUAGUGAUUAAGAGAAAGUGGCUAUUUUGUCAUGUAAGCCGAUCAAGACAUAUUACAACAUGCUUAGUAAAUCAGCUGCAAAAGCAGAUGAAAGGUAUUUAGGUAUGUGUUGUAACUUGGCUGGCCAAGUUACGGACUUUAUUUAAAUAUAUGCUUAAGAUGUAGUGCCUUUGCUUUUUGCAAGACUUAAAAAUCAGGUUUUCCAGCGAAACACUAACUUGUACGUUUGUGUCCCUUCCCCCAAGAUCUUUCAUGACUGCUUUGUAAUAUUGAUUACUGUAGGCUAAAUCAGUAGGUCUGGGGUGUCAUGGGUUGUAGAGCAGCAUUCUGAUCUAAAUGCAAUAGUCCUACUUGUGUACCAUUUCAUUCUUCAUUAAAGCCUCUGAGCAGUUCAUUAAGCUGUAUGCUAGAUAAUUCAGGUAUUGGAUUUUCAAACACUAUCUCAUGAAACUUAGGUAUCCUCUUAGCUGUAAAUGAUGUACUAUAAUCUUAUUUAUGGGAAAAGAUGAAAAUAGUAAGGACUAAUUAAAUGAGUAUUUUUAUUUGCUUGGAAUCUACCUGUUAAACAAGACAAGGCUUUAUUUUGAACUGAAGGAUGAUGUUCCCAUAAGUAAGUUUUAUGAAAGAAAACAUGAAACUUGGAACUAUUUGAAGGAAGAAGUUGAAAAUGAGCCUGCUAAGGUAUGUGGCUGUUUGAAUAGAGCAAAUGUUGCAAGUGCUGCCAGUGGCCGCGUUUGCUUCAGUCUGCUCGGCUGGAAGCGUUUGAUUUUUAACAGGUGAGCAGGAAUCCGGCUCCUGCUGCAGGAAAGACAAACCUUCUCUUCCAUCUUCUUGAAAAAUACGGAUCAGAGUCAGUGCGGGUUCCCUGCUGCCCAGCCAGCUGUGCCUUGCGGGCAUGGGUCUCAGUUUUUUUUAUUAGUAUUACAUUUGUUUCCUUUUUUGUCCCUUUUUGGGCAGUCUUGUAGAAUUGAAGGGACAGCUGCCAUAUACAGAAGGAUACAGACAUAGUGACGAAUGUGCAGGGCAGUUUUUAUUAUAUAAAUACACUUAAUAUAUUUACUAAAUAUGUGUCUGUAGUUAAACAGAUCUAUUGCUGCUUUCCUUUAAUUUCUUAGAGGACUAUUACAGAAAACAUCUCAGUAUAUAUACGAUACUUUUUAGCCAAAUUCUUUUGAUUGCAUUACUUGAAACUCUUAUUAGAGAGAAUUUGUUUUAAUAUACUAACUGGCAUAUUUUGAUAUUGUAUGUUUCCUUAUUGAGGGAGUUCUAUAUAUGUUUUUCUAAAUUUCUCCUCUAUUACAUUAUCAAUAAAAUGUUUUCUUCUUUU